AUGUGGUCCAGACAUCUUGGAAAGAAGUUUUUAAAACCUCCAGUAUCAGAUAUAAAAAGGUCAUAUAGUGCAUUAUGCCAAUCACACAACUACAGAAAUGAUAAGAUAUAUGGUCAAUACUACGACAAGUUCAAUGAAGUCAAACAAAAUCCAGACCGUAAUUCUAUUAUAGGUAUACUUGACAGUGCUUUUUAUACCACCCCCAUCGAUAAUAACGACUCAUACCUCAUGAAUGAUUUCCUUGAAACUAUAUCCAACAUUCCAAAUCAUUAUCAUACAUACGUAGAAGAGUACUUAGAAAAUUUGAACGGACAUGAAAUAAGAGAUUGUCUUAAACAAAAUAUUGCACUCCAGUUGCAUCUCAGCAGUAAUAAUUCUGAUCAAGCAAAAGUUUAUCAAUUCAUAAUCGAAAACUUGCAUCACAAAUUGAAUGUCAAUUUGCUAGAGAUUUUCAUAUUCAACCUUAUAAAAGCAGAGAACAUAAGUGCUGCUACUACUUUAUUGCAUAUUCUUCUUGACAAGGUUCCUAACUUUAAUUUGAGUAAUGAAUUAUGGUCCUAUUAUAUAUCUAAGAGCUGUGAAUUGGGGCAUUAUCUUGGCUCAUGCUUAAUAUACCACGAACUUAUAGACAAUCAUCAAACUCGUUCUGAAGAAUCAACAGGCAUUAAUUUUCAGAAUAGCCAUAUUCCAUUUUUGGUUGCAAAUUCUUUCUUAGAGAAAUUGGGUCUGAUAUUUCUGAACAAUUGUGAUCCCAUGAGGAUUAACGGGGUAUUAAAUUACCUUAAGAGGUUUUAUUCGUAUUCAGGCCAUGCAGAUACUUACAAGUCGUUAAGAUGUUCACUUGUAGAAGCCUACAGUAACGAAGGUAAUUUAGGGGAAGCCCUCAAGCAUUUUCGUACCCUCGCAUUUAUUUUCAAAGGACAUAGAAACCAUAAGAAUGAAAGCAUGUCAACGCCUAAAAUGUCUGCAUUUAGUCAUUUUCGAUGGAGAAGAGACAAUAUUAAGAACAAUUAUGAUUCCAUAUCUCAGAUUCCUGAUGAAAUAAAAACAAGCCUAGAUUUUCAAGAAGAGGCGUCAUCAAAAGAGUUAAAUAUGAAAUUGUUCAGGCCGGAUGAAGAAAGAAAUGUAUAUACAUAUCCAGGACAUUCUUAUACUCCUGUUGUCGAUGGAUCGUUGAGAUUAAGCGAUUUGCCUUAUUUUCGCUCAUUAAUAAACUCAAAUAUUCAACAUUUAAUGAAGAAUUCGGGACCAGAACGUCUCGAUUCGUUAAUGAACUAUAUAUCAGGAUGUCAUUUCAUGCUUCACAUAUUUAUCAACUCUUGUUUGUGUGAGUUAGGAUAUAUAAAUGAGGCAUUUCUGUUGUUAGUUAAAUUACCCAAGAUAUAUCCAAAAGUUUAUUCAAAUGUUCUUAUUCGAGAGGAGGACUUCAUUUAUCUAUUUGAAGCUUGCAAACAUAGGUUAAGCAACCUUGAUAUUGAUAAUGAUUAUACGCAGUUUAAUGAAGCUGAGCAAACAUACCAGUUACUUCAUGAAAUAAAAUUAUUCCAGGAUAGCGUCAAUCAGAAAGCAAACCUUAACGUUCUUUCGAUGAAACUUCAUGAAAUUUACAUUUCAACCUUGUUGUCAUAUCGAGGUAUUACUUUAGAGAAAAUUCUGGGUUACUUAGACAAUCUCUUACGUUUGUCUACGGUUAAUAAUCCAAUUACCAUAUUCUUAGAUGAACCAGAAUUCAAUAAGUUGAAAAGUCUAUGUUCAGCUACAAACGAAUCGAAGUAUUCUAAAUUAGUUCGCAUGAGGGAUUAG